AUGGCUCGGUCUAGCUGGUUUUCCCGCCUGAUGGGCUGGGACAAGCACCCCAGACACCAUCACGAUUUCCACGCCGACUGGAUUCGCGACGACCGCAGACGCCUCCUCCCGCAAUACCGAAACGAGAAUAUCCAGUCCGCGAUCCCCGCCGCCGAAGUCACAAAGGUCGCCCUCAAGCUGCGCCAUCUGAUCGAGCUUGCCGUUCCAUGCGAACUCGACGAGGAGGAAAUCACAAAGGCACACAGCAAGAUCAUCACCACCAAGGUCAUCAAGGCUGCGAAGGAGGCUGGCGGCUCCCACUACCGUUCCUGCGUCGUGUUUUGUCUUGUCGUCUGCAAGAGAUGGUUCAAGCACCAGGCUCUCGUCGAGCUCUGGGACGCCGACAUGCACAGGGUUCGAGCUGUUGCCUGCGAAGUGGUGGCCAAGCAGAUCAUCGAAACCGAAGACGACUUCGAGUACCUCAUGCAUUCCGUCCUGCUCCGCCGAUACUCCAUCAUCGUCGACGGCGAAGCAACCCCGCCCGCCAACGUCGUCGAGAAGGCCGUCGACCUUCAUGCCGUGAGGGUGAUUGGAUCUUCGGGAUACCAAAAGUGCAUCUCCUACCUCUGGAAAGGCUGGCUCGUCCAGGAUGAAGACGACCCGGCCGUCUUUAUCGACUACAAGGACAAGGACAACACGAGCUUCUUCGUCCACAUGGACCCCGACCGCAUUCGCGCGCCCAUGUAUCAGAACGCCACCCAAGUCAUCAUCUCCUUCGUCUACAUCGGUCUCUACACCGCCGUCAUCAACUCCGUCAACCCGACUGGUGUCUUUGACACGGCCGAGGUCCUGCUGUACAUCUUCACCCUCGGCUUCAUCUGCGAAGAGGUGACCAAGUUCUGGAAGGCGGGCUACCACAUCCUGGGCUUCUGGAACGCCUUCAACAGCGUCCUCUACAGCUUCAUCACCCUGUCCUUCAUUCUCCGCAUCAUUGGCCUCACCCAUCAACAGGGUGAUGAUACGCGCGAGUUCUACAGCAAGAUGAGCUACAACUUCUUGGCGUUUAGUGCACCUAUGAUCUGGUCGCGGCUGCUGCUGUACCUCGACAGCUUCCGCUUCUUCGGCGCCAUGCUCGUGGUGCUCAAGGUCAUGAUGAAGGAGUCAAUCAUCUUCUUUGCCCUGCUGAUCGUGUUGGUUAUCGGUUUCCUCCAGGCCUUUAUCGGCUUGGAUUUUGCUGACGAUUGGGUCGCGGAUGACAUCCUCUUCAUCCUGCAGGCUAUGGCGAAUGCUGUGAUGCAGAGCCCCGACUUUGACGGAUUCGACAAGUUCUCGCCACCGUUCGGAAUCAUUCUGUACUACUGCUUUACCUUUAUCAUCAUGGUUGUCUUGCUCAACAUCCUCAUCGCCCUCUACAACUCGGCGUAUGAGGAUAUCUAUGGCAACGCCAACGACGAGUAUUUGGCGCUCUUCGCCCAGAAGACUAUGCAAUUCGUCCGCGCACCCGACGAGAACGUGUACAUCCCGCCCUUCAACCUGCUCGAGAUGCUGGUCAUCUGCCUCUUCUGGUGGAUGGAGAAGUCCAAGUUCGAGCGCAUGAGCGACGUCAUUAUGGGUAUCAUCUAUUCGCCCGUGCUGGUCAUCGCCGCGUGGCACGAGACGAAGACGGCGGGCGAGAUCCGCAGCAACCGGGCCCGCGGCGAGGAGGACGACGACACGAUCGAGGAGUGGGAGCAGAUGAUGGACCAGGUCGACUUUGAGGCCGACGGCUGGAACAAGCUGUGCAUCAGCGCCAAGACGAACCUUGAGGCGGACCCGACCAUUACCGAGGUGCAGAAGCUGCGCGGCGAGGUCGAGGAGCUGAAGAAGCUGCUGGUCGACAUGACGAAGGCCUUGUCUUCCGGUGGAGAGGUCGAGCCCAGCCAGGCGUCGACCCUGAUCGAUGUUGCCGAGCCAGAGCAGAGCGAAAGCAAGACGAAGAAGAAGAAGAAGGGGAAGAAGAGCAAGAAGGACAAGAAGGCAGGCGGCGAGGGAAAUGCGUCGGCAUCCUCGAGCUCGAGCGACGAAGAGUGA